ACACUGCCUAAGGAGGGGUUUGCGCCGGUACCACAAAGCGGAAUAAUAGAUAUUCCGGCUUCGGCGACCCUCUUAUUAAUCCAAACGCAGCUUCCCAACACUCCUAAUAUCAGACGGAGCAUUACCCUCAUUCCACUAUUGAACCAACAGUCGCUGUUGGCUUCAACCCGGUUAGCAAGAAGUCACCCGAACCAGUCUUCAAGUAUGCUAACUUGUCUUUGUCAAUGGAUGUUAGAUGGAAAACUAAGCACAAGCGAUAAUACGGCGCUGCUUAAGUCUCCAACAUUCGCUCAACAAUUAUCUUGCUGGAUGAAAACCAAUGUCGCAGGAGGAAAUAAGGAGGCUACGUCAGCUUCUAGAAGAAGCAGACCGACGCCUUGCUGA